AUGACAAAUUUUGGAGCGCAGACCAGCCGAUAUAAUCGAUUAGUGAUAGCGUUUGUUGCAUUAGGCUCCUUCACAUAUGGAUACUGUGCCUCUGUCAUAGGCAGCACUAUCGGUCAACCUGGCUGGUACGCUUUUUUUAAUCUCCCAUUACAGGGCGAGCCCGGUUAUACCGAGAUCACGACCAGUGCGAUUGCUACAGCGAACGGAGUUUUUAGUGCUGGGGGUGCUGUGGGAUCUUUGUUUAUGAUGUGGUCCUGUGAAGCUGUAGGACGCAAAGCCAACAUUCAACUUGGAUCGUUCCUUGCAGUACUCGGCGGUGCUCUACAGGGAGCGGCAGUUAAUUUGAAGAUGUUUCAAGCCGGUCGAUUUGUCUCUGGUACUGCGAUUGGAAUCCUCGUCACCGUCUGUCCAAUGUAUCUCGCAGAGCUGUCGAGCCCCUUUGUACGUGGCUGGUUGGUAGGACAUCAUCCAAUAUUCUUGGUUUUCGGCUACAUGCUCUCCAGUUGGGUUGGCUAUGGGUGUUACUUUGCAACAGCGCGAAAUCCCACUUUCGCCUGGCGGUUCCCGCUAUGCUUGCAAACGUUAAGUUCCUUGGUCUUGCUUGCAGGGUCACCUUGGCUUCCAAGAUCUCCUAGGUGGCUAAUAUCAAAAGGGAAGCUCGACGAAGCCUGGGAGAUCAUUUGCCGCCUACGGCAAUCAAAAGAUGAUCCAGACAAUCUGGUAGCAAAGGAUGAAUUUGUUCAAACUAAGGAGCAACUUAAACUUGAAGCUGAAAAACUUGCCGCAACAGGUCACGGCGUGUGGACUGCUAUUUUCAAGAAAAAGUCAUACAGAAAGCGCAUGCUCAUCGGGUUUUUGACGCAGUGGGGAGCUGAAUUUGGUGGGCCCUUGAUUAUUAAUAACUAUGCAGUACUCCUGUACCAAAACCUAGGCAUGACUGGCCAUAUGCCGCUGCUCCUAAGCGCACUUUGGCUAACCACGGCAGGCCUUAUUUACAAUCCUGGUGGCGCGUGGUUGCAUGAUAAAGUCAAUUCUCGACGAGGAAUGUUUAUAAUUGGCUUCAUUGGCAUCGUUGUAACGACAUCAUGCUUGGCAGCCAUGACCGCCAGGUAUGCUGGAACUCUCAACCGCGUUGGCAAUGGCUUGGGAAUUUUCUUCAUAUUUUUAUAUCUUGCUUUCCAAGGUACCUUCUGUGACACUACUAUGUACCUAUACGUGUCUGAAAUCUUCCCUACUGAGAUUCGCCCAAUUGGAAUGGGGUUUUCGCUCUUUGGGCAGUUUGCAUCGACUAUCAUUCUCCUCCAAACCGCUCCAAUAGGAUUUGCUAACGUAGGCUGGAAGUAUUAUCUCGUUAUUAUUUGCUGGUCAGCAUUCUUCAUCCCAAUUAUCUACUUCUUCUUCCCCGAAACAGCUCGUCUGACGUUGGAAGAAAUCGCGAAAAAUUUCGGUGAGGAAGUUGCACUAGUCACUACAGAUGCAAUAGAUGAAGAGAAAAGAGCACUCGACCACAAACUCCAGAGCGCUGGAGUGACAAGAUCGACGACUGCUACCUCUCGGUCGUAUUCGGAUGCUGCAGAAACUACUGAACAGUGA